GGCAAGAAAGUCUUUUUUGCAGUGCCUUAAAGAUUUGCGGAUUUGCGGAUUUGCGGAUUUCUGGUCUCGGUUUUUUGGAUUUACCGCGCAGCCUCCUCCUCCACCACCACCACCACCACCUCCUCCAGUGCAGUCUCCAAAAAGCCAUGUGCCUGCCAUAAGCCAUAGCCCAGAAGCCCGAAGCCCGAAGACAGAAGCCAGAAGCCAUAGACCUACGCUUCCUAAUUGACAACAGAAGAGCCAACUAAAUGGACGCGUAGCAAACGGCCCAAAAGAGCCAGCGAGCGAGAGUCGAGAGUUGAGAGCGUGAUUUGGAUUUGCAUCGUGAUAUCGAAACAGAGCGAGCAGCCCGCCAGCAGGCCAGCCAGAGGCGAAACACCUCAACGAGGAGCCAGAGUAACAAAAUUCACGCCAAAAUGUCCAACGCCACAAAAAUGGUUUACAGUUAUAGAAUUUUAUGGCUUUCCGGCGUUUUACUAGCUCCCAUCCUGCUGGCCGCCAUUGCGGUUCAGGGCCAAGAGCCAGCCAGUCCAGUAUUUCAAAAUCACAAGACGAAGGAAUGGACGAAUUUAGAUAAUAUAACAUUCUCAUUCGAUUGCAAGCGGCGUUCGGUGGGCUUCUAUGCCGAUAUGGAGUACAAUUGCCAGAUCUUCCAUAUGUGCGACGAAGAGGGCAAUCGGAUUCCACACCUGUGCGCCAACGAGACGAGCUUCAAUCAGGAAUACAGAAUCUGCGAUUGGGACUACAAUUUCAAUUGCACAGAGUCACCCAAAUGGUUCUAUCUGAAUGAACUGACUUACGCCACGGAUCCGCCAGAUGAAGACGAUGAGGAUUACUAAAUCGAUUUGCACUUAACUAAAUAUUUAUUGUCUUUGCAAAAGAACAACAAACUAAUUAAAUUAAAAUGCGUGUAAAAUUCCAUGAAAUGAAAUGAAAAUGAAA